UUUGUUGUUGGUGGUGACAUGAAAAUAUUGUUGUUGCUGUUGGAGGCUGCGGACCGAGACUCGGUGGUGGGAGACAGGCAGGCAGGCAGACAGGCAGGCAGGCAGGACGGGGUGUGAAGGUUCCGAGGCGUCGAAUAAACUCUAUUUUAUUCACGACUUUUUUUAUUUAUUUUUUUUUUUAAAAAGAAACGUUUGUGGAAAGCGGUCAUGUCUGUGAAUAUGGACGAACUCAGACAUCAAGUCAUGAUCAACCAGUUUGUUUUGACGGCAGGCUGCGCCGCCGAUCAGGCGAAGCAGCUCCUUCAAGCGGCCCACUGGCAGUUUGAGACGGCCUUAAGCUCCUUCUUCCAGGAGGCCAACAUCCCCAGUCACCACCACCAGAUGAUGUGUACUCCCCGAAACACUCCCGCCACGCCGCCGAACUUCCCGGACGCCAUCACCAUGUUCUCCAAGCUGCGGGCGUCGGACUGCAGCUCCAGCGGGCCCUCCCAGGUCUCGAUGGCGGGCUCUCCCCCAGCUGCCUCCUCCACGUCAGGUUUCGGCUCCUUCUGGGCCUCCUCGCCGCCCAGCCACCAGCCCGCGUGGCUGCCGCCGUCGUCGCCCACGGGCCACCACAUGCACCAUCACCACUACCACCACCAUCACAUGCAACAGACUCCCAUGUGGCCGCCCGUCUCUCAGCCCAGCGGCGCCCAGCAGCCCCCUGUUGUGUCGGCUCUCCACGGCCAAAGAUGAGACUGAGCGUUGGGCUGCAGGGAGGGGGGGGCCGGACGGGGCGGGACGGGGCGAAGGGGGGCUGGUCGCUGGUUCAAGUGUAGCUGAAUGAAUCUGUUUUAUUGCAUAUGGGGAGUCUGGGGUUCGUAUGUGAAAUGAGAGGACAUUGAAAAAGACAGAGACUCGCUGGCUUCCUCUCUUGUUUUUCUUUUUUUCUAAAGUGAAGACGAGCAGUUUGGACACUUUCCCUCUCUGCCUUCAUCACACGUCAGCAAACCACGAACAGGAAAACUUUCUAUUGUCACCAAAAGGAAACGUGCCCAGCACUCACCGAGGAGAGGAGCCUCGUUAACCAAUCAGACUGCUUUGUGAUCUUUUUCUUCUUCUGAGAAACGUUUGUUUUCACGGGGCGGUGGGGGGGGGGAGGAAGUCGGCAAUAACCAGCAGAUAAAAGAGACGCUCAGGCGUGAAAUUGCUCAGACAAAGUUUUUUCUUUCAGUCGGAUACGGGACGGGAACAGAUCGAAGGAGGAUCAUCGACGCUGUAGCCAGAAAGCGGAGCCAUCAAACGCCUCACACAGGAGAAAUUCACCGAGACGGAGGCUCUGACCGCAGGUGUUACUUUACAAACAGCAACAAACAAAAACAAAACAAAAACAAACAAAAACACUCCUAAUGUUGGUUUAUGACACUUCCAACUGAUCUCAAGGUAUCUCCAGGAUCUCUUAAACGAAUAUGGCUGCUGGAUAGGACGUCACUGUAUCAUCUGCUUCUAUUAGUAUGAGAUGACAUUAGGUUUUUAGAAUGAAUUAUUCUUUUUAAAAAGGCAGUUACUGUCUUUUUUUUUUUUUUUUUUUUUACAAAAUUAAUGAUAACUUAGCGAUAGGGCAGAAAUAUCCAAUAAAUGAUUUCCUUUUUAAACACAUGAAGAGAGCGAUGUCUGAAACUUCAGAGUGGAUUUCAGGAUCAUUAACAUUUUCAUUUUUUUAUUUUUUUUACUCAGAUCAUUUUAUUCGACAGUCCUCAUGUUGUGGAUGAAAAAGUGAAUCGGCUAACACAUGCCUAACAAUACUGAAACAGACUUGUUGUUUCGACAACCUGAAAAGAAAUUCAAUCGAAUGUAUUUCCAGACGGUUUGAAGAGCGUCUAAGAAGUCUGUGAAUACCUUGAGAACAGCAGGAAGUAUUUUAACCCUGACAUAUUUAUCAAGUGAAUUUAUGAGCACAGACCGGUGUUUGGUUGGACGGACGCUUAAGAAUGUGAAGUGAGGAUGUGAUGGAUGACUUUCGAAGACGUUUGCAAUAAUUUGGUUAUUUGAAAGACUGUAAUAAUGAACUGAUUUUGCCUGGAGACUUUUUAUGUGAGAGACGCCGCCGUGUUCACUCAGCAGGAGGAGUCUUUCAUGGUCCUGAUCACUCCAGCGAAGAGCCAAGGAUUGAUCUUCUGCUCAGUUUGACAUUAAGAGGCAGGUUUUUGUAAAUACAAACUGCAGAAAAUUGAUGAACUCACAACAACAAAAACAUGCAUCUUGAUCAGAGAGUGUCGGGAUGCAUUAGCCUCGUCUGUGUCUGUGGAGGAGGGGACUCGAGGCCAACUCAGUGAUUUUCCACACAACCUGUCAAGACACUCAACCACUCCUACCUCUGUGUGUCUGAAUGUAUUCUCUGCUGCACACACAGACCGGAGCAGAGGGGUCUAAAGACUCAACAGCAGAACUUGCAAAAAUGAUUGUUCAAAACCACCACCACCACCACCGAAAAAACCAACAACCCUCGAUGUCCUCUCCACACGUUGAUUAGUCUCAUGUUUACACGCUCACUUCAACAUUAAGAGGAGGUUGUGUUCGUCAGGGUGCGAUGGAUGCAGAGAGAGAGAAGAUGUGGGUUUUUGCAGACAAUCAAACCGUUCUCUUCUGUUUGGAUUUUACUGGCCCGCUCUUCCUUCUCACACCGGCUCACUUCAAAGUUGUCAUUAUGUGUUCUGAUCCAAUCCAGCAGCCUCAUGAAAAAUAGAUUUGAAUAUCUGAUGCAGGAAUUUAACAAACAUGAUCUCAUGAUGUAAAGUGUGAGACAGGGUCAGAAGUUAAGGCCAUGUUAACUCGCCGCCGCUCUCUGAUUUAAAGGGCCACGCCUUUUGUUUUUGCAAGUUGAAUGACUAGAAUACUUUAACGUUUUUUCAACCACCCAAAUUGCAAGAUAUUUAGAUUAUUUUUUUUUUUUUUCAGGCUUUUGGAGCUUGAGGGUGAGUCAGUUUAAGUCUUCACUACCUCAGCGACGUGACUCAUCAGUUACAUGUUUGUCUGAAACAUGAGACAGCAGUGAAAGUACUCUAAUUAAGUCGCCACCAAAAGCACCGAUGUUUACUUAAACUAUUGUGUUUUUCGUUGCUGUGGUAUCGAUACCAUUUGAUUCUUCGGAUCAGGUCGGGGUUAUCAAUUCCCGUAUUAGAAACAAAGCAGCAUGGAAAGAAAGAGUAAACAUUAUAAACCGAGCAAAAAGCUCCGGUAUGGCUCCUUUAAAUCAGAAAACGAGUGUGAUGAAAUUAGACUUUUCUAUUGCAGUGUCCUGAGGGUGGAACUUUCCUUUGAGUUUGCAGACAAGUUGAGACAAAUGUUAGAAAUGCGCAGAACACCUUCCAGGUUUGUUUUGGAUCUGUUCUCUGCUGUGUGGGUAUAACAAGCACGCUUCCUGUCGACUGGAUUACAGGCUCUGCUUUGAAAAAUGAGAGAUAUGUUGCUUUUUUAAAAAAAAAAAUUGUUUUAUAACCAGACUUUUAACAUCUUACAACUACAGAUGAUGUGUCUCCGCCAUCCAUGAGGUUUUUAAAAAGCGGUUAAUGUUUUCUUUUUUCAAACCUCCCAUUCAACACUUACUUUGCUCUGACACGUGGAUGACGGUCUCUCUCUUUCUCCGAAAUUCUCUCUGUUCACUAUUUUAUAGAGAUUUCUUUUCAGUACUUUGUGUUCAUUUCCUCUGUUGAAAUUUGUAUUUAUAUGUUUAAUAAAACAAUGUAUGAUCUGCUA